CCAGCUCUCCUGGCUGGCUGGUCAUGGUUCUCAGAACAGAGCCCUGCUGGCUGCUGGUAUUAGUGUGUUAGUGCCAUGAGUACGAGGCAUGAGCCCCUUUCCUACAACCUGCCCCAUGCCCCGCCCACACCCUGCCCAUGCCCCGCCCACCAUGCCCUGCCCUCAGCCCAAACAGACCCGCCCAUGCCCACAGGAACCACCAACGGUCUCUGCUCCGCUCCACCUCUCUCUCUCUCUCUCUCUCUCAUGUACUUCUUCCCUUCAUCUCUCGCCCCCCUCUCUCUUCAUCCCUCCUCCCUCGCUCCUCUACUGCAGCAUGGGGGAGAUUCCCUGGCAUAGACAUUUUCCAGUUUUCCAUGUUAUUCAUUCAGCAGACGACUUUAUCCAAAGCGACAAAAAUAAAUAGCGUAUAGGAAGUCCAGCAGAAGAUGGAACAGUUUGUCACAGGGUCAGUGUAGCUCCAGGAGGCCUAACCUGUCCAUACCUGGCUGUCCACAUCCUGUGUCCACGUCAGCGUCCAGAAUUAUGUCAUUCAGCAAAGACUCUAUUUUGACGUCACUCACCGAGCACGUGAUUGGCUGUUAUUGUGACUGUGAGUCACUAUGUCAGAGCUUGAGCCUGUCUCCUCUCUGUCCUCCAGACCUCUAUUUCGAGGAAACUCAGAUGUGGACCAGCUGGGGAAGAUCUUUGAUCUGGUGGGGGUCCCCUCUAAUGAGGACUGGCCCCAGGAGGUGGCUCUGCCCCAGAGCGCCUUCUCUCCUCGAUCCUCUCAGCCAAUAGAAAGCCUGGUCCCGGACAUUGACGACCAGGGGAAGUCCCUGCUCAUGCAAUUCCUGGCGUUCAACCCUGCCCGGAGGAUCUCUGCCUUCUCUGCGCUGACCCACGCCUACUUCCAGGGAGUGGACAGUGAGAGCCAGAGUGUGUACGCUGCUCAGCCCCUCCUGAACAAGCCCCCCCUGGGGAAGAGGGCCACCUGACCGCCAGGGGGGAGAGGGG